UCUUUGCACUCUCUUUUGAUUCAUAAAUCAUAGAACAAAUACUUGCGGCGGCCGGGUAGCAUCGCUCUUUCCUCCAUUGUUCUCUCUUCCUUCUUCAAGCCACCUUCCUGAUCUGUGAAUUCAGUCAUUACCCCGCACCGGACCUUCCUCAUUUCGACUUGUCGCUUCCCUCCUGCCGCCGCUUCAUCAAAUCUUGUCCGCAAUCGGCUAGCCUCGUUCUGUUGUGUCGCUGACUCAGCAUCGACAUUGCGUCGCCUUGAAGAGAAGUCGAUCAUGUCGGUCACCAACACCACUACUGUGUCGGUUGCUAAGACUUCGACUUUUCUAAACGCCCAGUCAUUGAAGUCCAACAUUGGCGUGUACACGAAUCCAAAACAUGAUUUAUGGGUCGCUGAGGCUUCGCCAACGGCAGAGCAAGUGGAGGCAGGCUACGAUCUCGGCGAGGGAGAAGUCUAUGUGGGAGUCAAGUCAACAGGCAUUUGUGGUUCUGACGUUCAUUUCUGGCACGCAGGAUGCAUUGGUCCCAUGAUUGUCGAGGCUGACCAUAUCCUCGGUCACGAGUCCGCCGGGGUGAUUCUGGCAGUGCAUCCAUCUGUCAAAGAUCUCCAACCUGGCGACCGCGUCGCAAUUGAACCCAAUAUCCCCUGCUACAAGUGUGAACCAUGUCUGACAGGAAGAUACAAUGGAUGUGAGAGUGUCGAAUUUUUGAGCACACCCCCAGUCGAUGGAUUACUCCGGAGAUAUAUCAAACACCCGGCAGUUUGGUGCCACAAGAUCGGAGACAUGAGUUUCGAGGAUGGUAGCCUGCUGGAACCUUUGUCUGUCGCUCUGGCUGGAAUUGAUCGUGCCGGCCUCAAACUCGGUGACCCAACUUUGAUUGCUGGCGCUGGUCCCAUAGGUUUGGUCUCACUCCUUUGCGCGGCUGCAGCCGGCGCCACCCCGAUAGUCGUCACAGACAUUGACCCUGGACGGUUGGCAUUUGCCCAAUCGCUCGUUCCCCGUGUCAAGACAUUUCAGGUCCCGUCGGCUAAAUCGGCUGAAGAGACUGCAGAUGGAAUUAUCAAGGCAUUUGGUGGGAUCAGACCCCGGAUCGCCAUUGAGUGCACGGGUGUGGAAUCCAGCGUGGCCAGUGCCAUCUGGAGCAUGAAAUUUGGAGGCAAAGUUUUCAUCAUUGGCGUGGGCAAGAAUGAGAUGAAGGUCCCAUUCAUGCGCUUGAGCACACAAGAGAUUGACCUACAAUACCAAUACCGAUACUGCAACACGUGGCCAAAAGCAAUCCGUCUAGUCGAGAGUGGUGUUAUCAAGCUGGAUAAGUUGGUCACCCAUCGCUACAACCUCAGAGAUGCGGUGGAGGCUUUCAAAACGGCGAGUGAUCCCAAGAGCGGUGCAAUCAAGGUCCAGAUCAAGAAUGACGACAGUUUAUGAUGUAUGGAGAGAUACCAGAGGGCCUAGCCUACGCAAGUUCACCCUAGAAUUCUCGGUGAUGAUAAGACUGCUUGAUCCUAUAGAGGUUGAGCAUCAACAUUUUCAUUACUUCAAUCGAGCAGCGCAUAAAGAUCGAGAAGUUGUUUUAACCAAAUUCGGAUCUACUCCGGACACAGCCUCAUCAUUGUAGAAGCUAAUGGGCGCGCGUCCCGUGUGAAAACGGGCUUAGGAAAUG